UACAGUGAACUGUAUUUUAUCGUGGUGUGAGUCAUUCUAAUUGAGUUUUUUGAAAAAGGUCUGUGAAGAUUGUGAUAGCAUUGAGUUUAAAGUUUUUCUCUUUUCUAUAUUUUGAUUCAAGCUUUGUUUCUGUUGAUGAUUUUUUUGGGAACAAAACUGUGGCAUUGACUUCGUAGUUAUUUUGGGAACCUUAGUUCUUUGAAUUCUGGAAAUUUGGUUGCCAUAAAAUGCUAUAAGUUUGUCGGAGCUACCAUUAGGUGGGUAUUAGGGAAAUUAGCUACAUAAGUGCUUAUAUUUUGUUUCUUUCCAUUGGCUUGUUCUUUAACCUUGGAGACAUUCGAUUUCUUGUACUGUCCCAGUUGUUCUAUUUUGGCUGAUCUAUACCUGAUUUCAGGUGCAAAGUCUUAUAGAACGAUGUCUACAACUAUACAUGAACCAGAAAGAAGUUGUGGAAACUCUGUUGGCGCAGGCAAAGAUAGAGCCUGGUUUUACAGAACUUGUUUGGCAGAAGCUUGAAAAAGAAAAUUGGGACUUCUUUAGGGCUUAUUAUCUGAGAUUGAUGGUGAAGCACCAGAUAAUUGAGUUCAACAAGCUGCUUGAGCAACAGGUGCUGUUGAUGCAUCAGAUACAGCCCACUGGAGUUGCGUCAAUGCCUACAUCUAAUGGAUCUCAUAUCCAACAAUUGCAUCACAACUCAGCAUUAUAUGCCACAGAACAGGCAGGACCAGCUCUGAAGCAGGAAAAUGUGCAGCACAACAUUGGUUCCCGUUCACCCAAUGCAUUUACUAACGGUGGAUCUUCAUCACACAAAAAUAUGCACAGCGCCAUUGAUAUGUCUGCCCAUGCGUGUAGGAUUGAUGUUCCCCAUAACCUGCUUCCAACUCAGAGCUCGAAUAUUGAUUUGAUUCAAGGUAUAAAUGGAGGGAUGAUCAAAACUGAAACUGGGUAUUCUGGCAGUUCUCCUUACAUGUUUGGUGCUGAUGGCGAGGUCCUGGAAGCCCAUCCACCAAUUGGGGAUACAUCCGUUGUAUCUUUUAGUAGUGUAGAGUCCAGCACAAGAUCCCUGAACGAAACACUUUUGGAUGCAGACUCUGGUUCAUUUGGAUAUUUAGAUCAGAUUCCUCGAAGUUUCAGCUUCUCAGAUUUGACAGCAGACUUUUCUCAAAGUGCAGAUAUAUUGGAAAGCUAUUCUCGUUCACCCUUCCUUACGGCAGAUACAGAAAACUUCCUGGAUUCUCAUGAUGGAGAGCACCAAGGAGACAAUAAAAGGUUGGAUGCUAUAUCAGAAGGCUUGAGCUAUGAAGAUUUUGGAAGUGAAUAGCCACAGAAGUAUAAAUUGUCAUUAAAAGGCUUUGUAUAUAUCAUUUUAAAGCUGGAUAAGAUCCAGAUUUAACUUGAAGAUCUAUCAGUGUAUCAAAAAUUCACUGACAGAGGUGAACUUUACAAGGCUUGUUUAAUAAUAAUAAUAAUAAUAAUAAUCUAUUGGCAUCUUGGUGGUGGUGAUGUCCUGGUUUGUAUUUGAAGAUUUGAUUAUAGGUAAAAGUUCAAACUGUAAAAUGAAGAUUUUGGUAGUGAAGAAUGCUCUUUGAGAAGCUACAUGUAAAAGACCAUCUGAACUUGUGUCUGCAUUGAGAACUUUGUGUACUUUGUAGGUCAUCCUGCAGAACAUGCAA